UUCCUCAAAUUCCUUCAUUCCUUCAGGGGUCAAUCACGCCCAUGAAGAGAGACGACAGUUCCUUCCUUUCUUUCCUCCCUACUGGACAUGAUUGGCAGCUGAGAAACAAAGUAUUCUGAGGCAUGGUAAAGACAACUGAACUUAACACGGACCACGGAACAACAUGAAUCCUGCUUGGAUUGGACAGUCGCUUGAUCACGUGAUCAGCUGAGUCUACUCACCACUGUCGACGCUAAAUAUUCAGUAUUUCGACGUUUGUGAGUUUUGAAAGAAGUUCAGUGCUGGUGUUUUUACGAAACGUACGUUUACAUUUGCUUACACCAAAAAAACUUCAACUUCGACGGCUAAAGUUUUUCUUUUUAUCCUGUAAAAACUUUGGUAUAAUUCACCGGGAAAAUACACGUAAGCCUUUGGAAGUUAACUCUGUCGGUCUAUUUUGAGAUUACUUGACGUCUGGUCGUACAGAAACAUUAACAAAAGCCGCUCUUUUUUAUAAUACAAGUUGGUUAGUUAGUUUGUUUUCCGCCAUUUUAUAACAUACUUAAUGUUUCAGUCUGCAUUAUACGUUUCAUGUAACGCGUUUAAAUCGUUUUCCAAUCCAAUUGUGACCUCUUAUAAUGGUACUGUGGCAACCCAUAACCAACUUGAAAGAUUAUGUUACAAAAAAACCACCUGGAGUCACUUUUUUUCUUUGCCUUAUAAGUCUGGCUAUCUCGUUCAUCUUUCUCAGUGUUUACAGCUAUAAUCACAUCCUCCCUAAUCCAGAUGUUGUAAAGGACUGGAACCACCUGCUUUUCUCCAUAGCUCAGUAUCACUUAUGUGAGAAAAACGGCACACAUUUUGCACAGCCAAUUGGAACUUAUAAUAAAGAAUCAAAACUUCACAAAGAAGACUUGAUCUAUUCUACAUCAGUGGCAGUUUCUGUGCCAAUACAUGCUCGAGUCCCUCUUAUUUUAUCUUCUAAAGGGAGCUAUAAGAGCAUCUCCCUGUACACGAGUUUCACAGCUGGCCAGUUAAAACUUGAAGGAAAUGAAACUUUUAGUGCAACUAUAGACUUCACAGCAAAUGAGAGUUACGCAUGCCUUACCAUAAGAGAGCCAUCUUCUCUGCUUUCUGUAAGCCCACAACCACCAACAUGCCUCCAGAAUGUGAUUAACACACAAGUUAUCUAUACUGAACCAAAGAAAUUGAUGGCAACAUCACAAAAGUGCUACAGUUUUCAAGCCAUAUAUGACCCAACACUCGAAGUUAUGUUGACAAAGGAAGAUCAACUUGUAGCUAUACGACACCUUUUGGAAGUAGCUCUUGUUUUACUUGGAGUUUGUUUAAUACUAUGUCUAUCUGUAAGCCUCACACAUUCCCAGAAUCUGCAUCCCCGCUGGAAGGAGCAGGAUUUUCAUCAUGUAAUGGAACCUCUGGUCAAAAACUGAAUGUUCUCUCUCCUUUGUUAUUUCUCACAAAAUCAUUAGCAUUACAAGAAAUACUAUAAAUGUGAUAUUUACUUUGAGUUGAAUUCUUUAAUGGAAUUAAAUAAAAAUGUAUAAAGAU